UCCUCCUUCGCUGCCAAAUCUUGACCCGACCCGAAUUCCGACUGCAAUUGCCCCAAAUUCUCGUUUCUUUCUCCGAAAUGGCCCCUCCCGCAACUUGGAUCCAUGAGUCCUCUAUCAUCAAAGAGGAUGAACUUCAAGAACUGGCCGAAUUUCUGAGCAGAGGCUUCCGGAUCCACCAUCCUGAUGUUGUCGGGGGAAUCAGUCUAUCUCAUAAUUCGGACCCCCAGAAGUAUAUGGUCAUGCACUACCAUUCGAUAGAGAACGGGUUCAGACUGCCCCUCCAUGGUUUGUGCUGUGCCCUGGACAGAACCCCCACGGUGGACGAAUUCAUUGUCCUUUUCAGCAUCCGCGGGGCUUUCCCUUAUUAUAGCCUGUUUCCUCAUCCCCAGUCUCCAAUUUUUGAGAGGGUCGAGUCCAAAAUCGACAAGUGGGCCCGCUGCUACUUCGUCAUCGAGUUCCCGGUUCAUAGUCCCAUAGAUUUGCUGGGUGUAGUACGCCGUAGUUCUCUCUCCCGGACUCCGUUUGCAGCUAUACCCCUGGCGGAGGCAGCAUACAACGCCUUGAGAGAGAAAGGGGGUUUGAUUUCACAUCACUCCCUUCAGGACGACAUGUUGUACAAGAAGGCGGACUUCUACUACCCUCUCGGCCCUGACCCCAUCCCGUUUGAAGGGGUAUCUUCCCCCGAAAGGUCAAAGGCUCCUCCCGUUGUGGAAUCCAAUCGAGCCGGGAGCUCCUCCGGGAACCAGGCUCAAGGUAACACUACUGCCUUGGCAAUUUGCAAGCCGUCUGCUGCCCUGGAUGCCAUCGCCAUCUCUGCCAUUCCUGGGCUAAGGAAACCCACACCGUCCCAGAAGCGGCCACGGGAAGGAGUCACCGAUGAUGAUUUCCUUCCCAAGAAGAGCAAGGGUGAUGAGUUACCCCACCCGGAUAGCCUGGAUCGUGAAGCAGAUGAAUUUUCUGACCAAGCAGCACUCCAAAGACCAACGGUGCAGCCCCAGUCCGCAGUGGAAAAUAGCUCCCCACCGACUGCCGCUACUUCCCAAGGGAUGGAGGAGGAAGCUAAGUCACAGAAGGAACCAGAGGCUUUCCCUGCGAUGGAGAAAGAGGUUGGAGGGCAGAAGGAACCGGACGCUUCCCCAGGGACAGAGAGAGACUGGGAAACAACAGGAACCGGAGGAACAGCGUUCCGCCGCAGCACCCCCAGCCUUCAAUUUCCCUAUCCGGCGCAAGUUCACACCACAAACCUAUCCCGUCUUCAAGGAGGGUUGGGCAGGUUUUUCUCACGGUUUGAAUUCCUGCAAGCCUCCCACUGGACAAUCCAGGUCAACCUGGAGAAGAUGAGGGGAUCAGUGCAGGAUCCCAUUAUCCCCCAGGCACGCCCUGACCUGCUUGCGCUUGAUGUCUUGUACUCCAUGGAGCAGGCCCAAGAAUCACUCCUCACCCUGACUGAGGAGUACCUGGGUGGAGCAUGGGGAAAUUGUCGGGCUAUGGUGGUACUGAAGGACAAGGAGUUGGCCGCCAGGGCUCUACAACAGAAGGUUGGUUCCCUUGAACAGCAAGUCCAGGCCCUUCAAGAGGAGAAUGCCAGGCUCAAGGCGGAUGGCUCGGCGGAACUGAUGGCUGAAAGGUCCAGGGUCAAAUCCCUGCAAGAGCAGAUUGCCACCUACCAAAGGACUACCCAGAACCUGGAAACACAGUUCGAAAAACUCCAGGAACAAUUCUCCAGCCUGGAGUCAAAGGUCUCGGCCUUGGAAGGCAAAGAGGGGAGUCUGAAAGCCGAACUGGUUGAAAGAGAAUCCUGGAUCUCAGAGCUGGAGAAUUCACUCCAGGGGGCCAAACAAGAGGGUGCCCGCUUCAGUGAGCUCAUGUUAAAACAUCUGGGGUUGAAACGGAUUGCCCUUGAUAAGAUGGAGAUGGAGAGAAAGACUGCCAAUGAGCUCCGGUCGAAAGUGGGAGAACUGGAGAAAACUAUGGCUUUCCAUCAAGAAGAGGUGGCCGCCCUAACUGCCCGUGCCGAGACCCUCGACGAGGAGGGUAAAUUCGACAUGCAAUCCUGCAUGUACGAGGCGAUCCAGAGUGGUCACCCGGCCCACCGGUCCCUGGACGACUUGAUCUCCCACUAUGGCUUGCCUCUUCCUCUUCCUCCCCCAGACUCUCGUGCCAAUCUGGGAUCUUGAUUUUCUUUUUCCUCCAACAACUGUUGUAAUUUACUCUGUGACAUUUUAAUUGUAGCAACUUGUUAACGCUUGUAGCAUUUAGUCCUUCGCCAAUAUCUAUUUUAUUGUUUUAAUUCCAGCAGAAUCCUUCCUUUGGGCUAACUGUUUUCC